AUGGGGGGCGGUGAGGCCGGCGAGAUGGCCUCGUGGCAGAAGCAGCAAAAGGAGCUGCACCAGCAGCAGCGAGACCUGGAGCAGCAGCAGCAGCGAAGGCUCCAACAGCAGCUGGCCAGCACGCACGUCCUGAGGCAGUCCUCAACCGAUGGAGUGCCCGUUCCGAACCAAGUUCACGUGCCUCCAGCGGCCACGACACCCAACGUCUGGAGCCCACGUGGAGCUCCCCCUCAAUCCGCCGCCAAUGUCUCCCGGGACACGAGACACCAGCAUCCGCCAUCCAAGGCACCUCCGCCAGUGCAUCCGAGACCAGCCAGGGUGCCGGUGCAAACGGCGCAACCGGUGAUGCAACCUCCGCCACAGAUGCAGCAGACGUCUCCGCAAGUGCAACGUCACAUGCAACCGUCGCCCAAGAUGCCGUCUUCGCCGCAGAUGCAACGAAUGCAGCCGAUGCAACAGCAACAGCCGAACCAACCGACCCAAACGAUGACGACCGUAACGACGACGAGACGUGUGCCCCUGGACGUGGUGCCUCAGCCGUCUGGACAGCGCGUCUGGACCGAGCAGCCCGUCAGCGAGUACCAGGAUCCCGGUGCCCCCAGCACGGCGCAGGUGAUCGCCGCCCAGUCUCAGGACUACGUCGACGAGAAGGAACUGGAAUACCGCAUGGCCAUUCAGCAGCUCCAAGAUGAACAAGAGCGAGUCCAGAAGAAAGUGUUUAUGAACUGGAUCAACAACUUCCUUUCACAGCGGAAUCCUCCCCUGAGGGUAGACGACGUCAUUCAAGAUUUGAGAGAUGGCACCAAGCUCCUCGCUUUACUUGAGAUCUUGUCGGGCCAAGUGCUGCCGAGGGAACGGGCUCGCAUUCUGCGCCGCCCCCACUUUCUCAGCAACGUCAACACCGUCCUCAGGUUCCUGGAGCAGAGACGGAUCAAGUUGGUCAACAUUAAUGCCACGGAUGUGGUCGACGGAAAGCCUGCCAUUCUUCUGGGUCUUAUCUGGACCAUUAUUCUGCACUUCCAAAUUGAAGAGCACACGCGGCUGCUGGCAGGCUCGCCAGCCGGCUGGGAAGACGCCGGGUCGGACAUUGCAGCAGCCGAGCAGAAUGUGCUGGUGCAAGCCUCGCCCAAGAGACCCACCCCCAUCGAGCGCUGGCGCGGUGGUGCUCGCAAAGCCCUGCUACACUGGGUCAAGAACAGCAUCAACCAGCGCUUUGGUGUCCAGGUGAACGACUUUGGGCCGAGCUGGCGGGACGGCCUCGCCUUCCUGGCCAUCGUGCACUGCAUCCAGCCUUCCCUCAUAGAACUGGACUCCGUGAAGAAGAUGGAGCCCCGGGGACGGCUCGAGACGGCCUUCUCUCUCGCGCACCGCGAGCUGGGCAUCCCACGCUUGCUCGAUCCCGAGGAUGUGGACGUGCCCCAGCCGGACGAGCGGUCGGUGAUGACGUACGUGGCGCAGUUCCUGCACAAGUACCCCGGCACCUAUGCCCCGGAGCAGCCCCUGUCCCCGACACUGGCCUCCCCCACGGCUGCUGCCCCUCCCGGCAUGCAGCCAGACGACCUCUCCGUCCUCGAGUCCUUCCUCAAGAGGGCCGAGGACACCCUGCUCGUCCUCAACCGGCCCCUCACCAACGUCCGGGAGGAGUACCUGGUGAGGCGGCGAUGGGGUUCUGUACGCUCGGCCGACUACCGAUAG